GUACCGAGGCAAAGGAAUGAAUGCAGUCAACCUCCGUCCAGGGAGCAGGAAAGGAAACUCCUACAUUACAACACGACACAUAACGGGACAAAGCGCUAUUGCUGCUGAUAACGAUGACUGUACGGAUUACAUAAAAACAGCGAUUUGGAAGUGAUUGUUUUCAUUAACAAAUUGUAUUAUUGGUAUUUUAUGUGAGGAUUUUUAAAAAGUUUUUUUGUAAAUAGUUUUCCCAAGAAAAAAUUAUAUAUAAGCAUAUACAGUCUUCAAAACAAAUUACCGAGCUGCAACGAGGGAACAGCGGCUUUAAAAUGAACAAAUGCAUUACAUUGUGAAACUGAAGUUAGGCUAACCAUGAGACGAAUAGGAAGUAGCCAUUUACAGUAUGCCUUCAUAAAAAGUAAAAGGAUGUAUUUUUAGGGAAACGCAUCCUGUAACAGAACUGGCUCCAAAAUCAUCAACCUCGUUUUUGAUAGUUUUGUUUUUGGAUACCUGCAUCAGUCGUUCAAGCUAUUUAAACAGAUGUCAACAUUCUUCUGUAUGUCAUUUUGGAUAAGAUGUUUACCGGCAUGAUGAGGUUGGACGGCCUGAGCUGUUCCUCCAGUUCCAGCAAUGACAGAACAGACAGCCUUCAGCGACAGUCGGCUCGCUGCAGCCUGGAAGAUGAGCCUGUGAUACUGCCUACUGGGGCCAGUUCCCGCAAAAAGAGACUUCACAGGAGACCGGGUUAUAUGAGAGGAGAGCAACCAAAAUGUUUAGAGUCUACAGUGGAAGAAAAUAGCAAAAGACCCUGCCAGCGACCUGGGAUGAGUAAUAAGAUUUAUACGGACAUUCAGAAAUAUGGUCUUGAGACUUGUCGAAUGCUCAACCUAAAGGAGUCCAUAGAUCUCGACCACCACACUGUACAAUAUAGCAAUCCAAAGGCAGCUGCCGAUUCAGUUGUGAAUGUACCAGAAUUUAUCCAGCAAUCCUUGACAAGCAGCAGCUGUAGAAACUGCGACACUUCAGAUGCUUCUUGGAAGGGACCUUGGCCACGUGAAUGUCAGACUAACCAACAGAAUAGCAAACUUCUUGAAUGGAAACGUAGGAGUGUGAAAGUGGAACCUGCAUUGCAGGAAAUGCCUGGUACACCUUCUAAGGAAAACGAUAAUGACUCUCGGGAUUCUGUGAAUGACACCUUCAACUCAAGCUUUAGUUUUAUACAGAUAUCUUUGAAUUCGAGCCAUGAGGUGGAAACUGUAGGAAAUGAUUCAAAACACUUGCCUGCAGUUGGCCUGGAAGAACCUACAAUAUUACAGGAUGAGACAGAUUGCGGUUUUUCCAAAAUGGAUAAAACAGAUAAUUUCUUCAGCAAAGUCCUGUGGACAGAUGCUGCGAGCAUGUCUUGGCAGUACAAUCUGAUUGACGAAAGUCAACCAAUCACAGAUGCAGACAUGAAACAAAGAAUGCAGGACUCGGACACAUUCUCCGUUGACACUGAAGCUGUGUUCUCCUUCUCUGUGGAUUCCUCAAAUGCAGCGUCCACCGGAUCCUCUGUGACCUCGGGCUACGAGAGCAGCACCAGUACUGAUCACACCUGGGACGCAGUGCUGAAGAAAUACGAUGACUUCCUGCAAGACUGUCUGCAAAGUAACCGAUCUAACAUAAAGAUGGAGUCUUUAUUGUUAAAGCUCCAGAAACUUCAGGAGAAGGCAAUACGAGAGGAUGACUAUGACCGAGCUGACAAAUUCCUAAAGAAAUUGGUAGAGCUCAAAAGAGAGAGAAGUACCCUAAAGGUUGGACUGCCAUCAAGACAUCCUGCAGUCUCUAGGUUUCUAGAAAAACUGAAAGACCAGGCACAAUUGGCCUUACAGCAAGCUUAUAGUGACUGUGGGUCUAAUAAUAAAGAUAUUGAACAUUCACAAAAGAUAGAAAAGGAGGUCACGUGCUCAGGUCAAGAAAAGACACAGGGAUCUAUAUUCAGAAGAGACCGACUCAUUCAAGAAAAGCAACAGUUACAGAAGGAAAUUCAGGACCUCAGAAGACAGUUAGCAGAGCUCGAAGUGAAAGAAUAUCAGUUAAGUAUGGAAAUUAAGGAGGAAGACAGACUAAUUCAGUCCCAGGACAGUGAAGUGCCUUCCUUGUUGAACACGCCUCUCGGUGAGCUGCAGGAUAUGUACAAAGCCCUGGAUGAAAUGGGGAGCUUUGUCCAUCGAAACUACCUCUUCACUGAGGUUCCCCAUCACAUAAAGAGCCUCAAAGAAAGGGAACUAUCACUGAGCACAACUAUUAAAGAGGCUACAGCAAAAGUUUUCAUGAGUCAGAAACUGUGCAGCAGUCUAAGAAAGAAAGUUAGUGAUAUCGAGACACAACUACCAACCCUACACGAAGCCAAAAUGGUAUCCAUAUCAGGAAAUGAUUUCUCCACUGCUAAGGACCUGAAGGAAGAGAUGAGGUCAUUGAGCUUGGAGAAAGACAGGCUGGAAGAGCUCAUUAAGAAACUACAGCCUUUGAGAACUGGUAAUGACCGAUCGUUUGAUAUGACCAAAGAGGACUACAUCAGGGUGAAACGAGAGUUGGAGCUCAAGAAGACUCAGUUUGAAAAUAAUUUGAAAGACAGUGCUGCCAAAUACAUUGAAUUGUUGGAAGAUAAGCUAAACAGCUGUGGGAAUCAGCUGCUGGAGAGAGUGUGGGAAGCUGACUUGGAGGCCUGUUAUCUGCUUGUCCAGGGGCUCCAUCUGAAAGAGGCUGGGUGCUGCAUGUCAGAGGGGUAGGAGAGCCGAGCAGAUGACACAGAGCCCACGGAUGACCCAUGCUCGGUUACUGAAACCAAAAAAGAAUGUGAUUUUCCAAAGCGGGGGGUGUGGGAAGCGGUUGAAUGCUUUGAACAAAAUCACAAUGAAUUAACUGAGUUUGUGGCGAAAACCAUAUCUUAGUAUCAACCAAGACCAGACCAGCUUGCAAACUGACCAGCUUGCAAAUUGAAGUAGAAUAUCUUUGGAUUAGUCUGAAGUCUCUCAUCUUUCUAUUAGCUUAGAUCCAUUAGCAUGCCUUGGGGAAGAAGGAAGGACUUUAUCCUAUUUUCGCAAGAAUCAUUUCAACUGGAAGGUACAUACUGUAGCCCCCAAGGGUCAGAGAGUGAGUCAUUAUAACCACUAUUAAUAGCUGCUGAACCCCACGCAUUGAAUCACUGUGCCAUCUUGACAGCACUGAAGUUCCAUUUGCAGACCCAUGACAAAUGAGGCAGGAAAAAAAGGAUAGCACCACAUCUACCUUAAAUAAGAUCAACUGUAUUGAAGGGAUCUCAUAUGCCAUUCCCUCAGCUAGACCUAUCAAGCUCUUCAAAUGUCUCUAAUUCCUUCAGGGAAGUUGGGGGUGGACAUCUUCAACAAACCUAUUGUCCAGGGCCCAUAGUAUAGAGUCAUCACUUUUGUGACAUUUCCUCAUGAAACAUCCGUUUUUUGUUUAGUCUCCAAUAUGCCAACCAAGAGCCUACUAUCAGUCUUCAAUCUGUCUGCCUUGCCCAUGGUGACUGCAUCUGACUUGCAACAGAGAGCUGUGUCUUUUAUGUAUUAAAUAUAAUAUAGAGUGCCGAGGAUCUUCCAACCAAUCAGAGCACCAGUUUGUUGUAUGCUACAUCACAUCACAAAAAAAACUAUUAACCGUUAUUGUGUUUCUACAGCUUUAUUCUCAGUAUCAAAAUUCGCUUUAGCUGCAAAGUCAGUUCAAAACAGUGACAACACAGCCGGCCAUUUAAAUCAGCAACUUAAUAGUAUUCUCUUCAUCAACCUUUUCCCUCUUUUCAAUGAAAAUGUCGGUGAACUAAGUAAAGGUUGCUUAUAAAAUAAAUAAAAAAAUGAUAGCUGGAUUUUUUAAUUCAGUAAAGCAUUAUAUAACAAAGUUAUAGGUUGGCAAGCAUCUGUGCUUGGUUAUUUUAGAGCUUCUGUUUUUCUGUUUUUAUUAAUUACAUUUUUUAGUACUUAUUUUGAUCUAUUUUCGAGUUUUAUGUAAAAAAACAAUUUCGGGCUUUCGCUUUUUAUAUACUGUAUGAUAUUAUUGUUUUUUGGUUAUUUUUCAAAAUGCUUGAGUUUUUUUCUGUCAAAAUAUGUAUAGUAACUCAACAGUACUUGCCCACUUAGGGUACUUUCACACCUAGUUUGUUAGACCCUUUGGUGUGGAUUGAAGUGUUGUUGAGUGAUAUGUGAAACCUCUGAGCAUCACAUAAUCGCACCAGGAUUCACAUCAAACCAAGGGAACCGAGAUCACUUGAAAUCGGUUUGCCUGGAAGUGGACUCGGUACGUUUGCCACUUUACUCUGUUUCAACUUUUUGCAAUGUGAAACCAAACGUAUUCCAGUUCACUUGGAAAUGAACCACUCCAUACAGCAAAGCAAAUCAUGGACGUGACUUCAGCAAGCACCAAGAAAAGUGUCUCCCCUUGUCGCACAGAUGCAAAGCAGGGCUUGUCAAAAACAUACACAUGUAAAAAUACGAUGGGGCUGAUAUAUCAACUGCCACAACCAGUGCUAUUCAAUGAAUUUACGCUAAUACCAGUGUUUGAGAUUUACUAGCAACAUGCGCGUUCUUGAAGCAUAAUAGCAAAACUGUCACAAAGCAAAGAAAAUAGGAAAAAUAUGAAAUGACAAGUAAUGAUUUAGCACAUGUAUUGCGUCUGGCUUUAUUGUUCCAUAUAUACUCGCAGGAAAACACUGUGCCAAUACAAAGCGGUAUUGUCUGUAAAGACAUUAGUCACUGUUGCGUUUGCGCUGUUUCGCCUGAGUUUAGUAAACCAGCUCCUAUGCUGCAUCUGUAUCUGACCACACUGACAUGCAUACAACAUUCACAACAAGCUAUUAUUAUUAUUAUUAUUAUUAUUAUUAUCAAUCCACGGGGCGGGAGCCAGGGCUGCGAGAGGACAUGCCGCACUCCAACCGAGAGAGCCUUCCCUAUGGAGUCGAGGCUAGCCCUAAUGGCCUCCGGGCCCCUGAAAAGACAGUCCUCUGACUUCUCGAAGAGUCGUUAUAGGCUCGGCCUCGCGACUGGGUCCCAGUUAGCGACCGGGUUCGACCCUCAGAGAACGGAAUGGCUCAUACGAAGCCUUGACGAAAGGAAGAAAAGAGAAUCUGAAAGAAGACAAAUAAUUGUUAGUUAUGGGACUCGAGCACUAAGAGUAAGAGGGCCACAUCCCUGGAGAGUAAAGAAGGAAGUAAGACAAAGCCUUCUUUCUUGAGGCAAGAUAUGGCGCAUGAGCUGUGAAAGAAUAUUGUGGCCAGUGGUCCCCUCUGACCACACGAAGAACCUGCAGAGUUACUGGAACUCCAGGUCGGGGAAGUGAGACUCACUAUCCCCCCAAAAGAUGGACCACCGGCUCCCCACUGAACUCGCACCUGUGAAGACAAACAUAAAAGCAAGAAGCGACAAACAAUGACAAGACAAACAAUUACAAACAAAACAACUAAAAAUAGAUGGUUAGUGGAACAAGCUAUGUGUUGGCCAUCCGCUCAGUGGAGAGGAAAAAACCCUCUAUUAGGGGAAAACCUCUGGUGGUCCUGGCGGAGAGGGCGUCCCCACUCCGGGCAUACUAGCUAUAGACUGGUGAGCUGCAGUGAUAUCAGAUGGCAGCGAUUGGAUGUAGGAGUUGACUGCUGAAGAGGACCAACGCCCCAUGUUCUUGAUCAGGUGAUGGCUGAUGCAGGCUGUAGCUGCUGAAGAGGCUGCGCCAAUCCUGAAGGAGUGUGUGGUGUAGAAUAGGAGCAAAAGACCUACUCUGGUGACAAGAGCAGAGAGGUGGGAAGAGAACCAGUGUCUGGUAAUUAUGCUUUUGGAGCUAUUAUAGGAAGUCUAGUAGAAGAUGCAGGGGGCGGGGGAGGGGGGUUCUCAGUGAUUCCUCAGAGAGUCAGACGUACCGCUGGGAUGACUGCAUUAUUGUAGAUGCUUGGAAGAUGGCGAGCUUGGAUGAUGAAAUUACUGUAUAGUAUACAUGCAGUACCGCACUUUGGUGUUUUAGACACACUGAUGUACCUGACAUUGUUAAUUUAAUAAAACAACUGCAACAUAGUAUAACAUCUCCCUCUGAGAUAUGAUAUUGUCACAUAUCCGAGGGACCCCUGGAACCAAUUACAUUGUAUAAUAUAUACAGUAUAUAAUAUAUAUUGUUUGUUUUCAAACACACUUUCCCUUGACAAAGGAAUGUUAAACAUAUCAAAAUGUUGGGAAGUUGGCUCUUUUUUAUUUUUUAUCAUUUUCUCCCAAUUUAGAAUAUCCAAUUAGCAGUGGAAUAGCCUGGACUUGAACCGGCAACAUCCAGGCUGUAGGGCGCAUCCUGCACUCUACGCGGAGCGCCUUUGCUGGAUGCGCUACUCGGGAGCCCGCAAGUUGGCUCGUUUGAGCAAAAACAUUUAUACAGUGUAACCCUGUUAAUGUCCCCUCGGUUAAUAUCCCAACCCGCUUAUUAUCACCUUUUUUAAAAAACUACUUGCCACUCACCAUAGGUUUCUAUGUUAAAUUAACUCUUUUAAUAUCAUUAGGAACCCUGCUUAUUAUCCCCUCAACACCCACCAGGCAACAUUCCAUGAAUUUUUUAAAUAAGGACAAUAUGUUUUUCAACCAAUGUUCUCUUUUCACAAUCAAAAAAUUUAAGGUAGGAUCUGUUGUACUGUUUUAUAUGGUAAAGUACACUAUGUUGCAGCGUUACCAAGCCAACCACACACAUUGGUUUUAAAUGUGUUUAACGUUAGUAUAGGCUAAUCAUUUUCACUAGCAACAGCUAGCUAAUAAAUUGAAAGAAACAGUAACUAACGUUAACGUUAAAUAUAGUAAAUGUAGCUGGCUUUGUUGUUCCUGAUUUUAUUAGAUUGUACACAUAGCGUUGUUUGAGUUGUUAGCUACAGUAAUUAUGUUAAGUUACAGCAAUAAACUUAAGCCUAUGGUGCGGUAAGUGUUUUAGUGGACUGGUUUCCCCCUGCACUGAUAUAAUGUCAGCUAGCUAAUUAAAGUAUGCAGCAAUUGUUCGCGUUUGUUUGAGCUAUCUAGACAAAUAAUUAAUUUCUGCUAUUGUUUAAUUAAAGUAAACAUUCUUUAGAAAACCUAUUUGAUGUUACAGUACUGUAAUAUUAGUACAAUAUUGCAAUACUGCGUGGUGGCGCCAUAGGACAACAUGAGACCCUGUUUAUAUCCCAACCCGCAUAAUAUCCCCAAAUAACUCUGCACGGUAAUGGGGAUAUUAAGCGGGUUACACUGUACUGGAAAUUGCUUAAGUGCUUUUUUUUUUUUUUAUAAAGAUUGUUUGUUAAACUACGAGAAACUGUGUAUUUUGGUCUUUGUCAUAUUCAUUAUUGGCUAAUGCUUCUAUUAAACAUAUUUUCUUGAAUGAUCUUAUGUUAAGUGUGGGGUGCCAAUACUUUUGUCUGCGAUUGUAUAUAUUAUUUCAAAAUUUAGGUAGAUUACAACACACAAGAAACACAUUUGUUAUCUAUAUCCUUUGCAAGAGCUAUGUAUGUUACUUGUCCUACAUUGUCUGAUCCCUUGGGUAUUUGCAUGCAAUCUAUCUGUUUUCUUUUCUCUUCUUAUACUAUGUAGACUGCCUAACUGGUGCACUUGCUUUCCUAUUUCCCAAAAAUAACUGUUGUUAUCUGUUGCAAUACUUGACCCUGCCUUUGUAACCACCUUCCCUUUCUGUGUGUCCGGCAUGUCUCCUCUUUCUGUCCUCCUGAAGAAUGGAACUUCACUAAAUUCUAAGCCAGUGGAGGUGAGGGGGGGAAAGCUGAAAGACAGUGGAAGGGUUUAUUUUCGGCAAAGAAGACAAUCAUCCUGAGGAUGCCUGCUGUGGCCCAGCCCAUGUAACAGAGCAGUGUGAAUCAAUCAGCGAGAAAUUGCUUUCCUUGGAGGACCAGCUGCAAACAGCUAUUCUACACCGCGAUGAAGACCUUACUCAUAUCCUUUCAGUUUUAAUAAAGAAUAGCGAGGGCCUUCACAUUAAACCAGGUACAAACAAAAGGACAGUUUGUCCACUUCUCCAAAGGGUGUGAACAUGUGUAUCUGCUGCUGUUCUAUCAUUCACAUGUAUUGAAGAUAAUUAUGUCUUGGCUGGUUAAUUUAGGUGCUAGUAACUGCAGGUUUAACUGUACCAGUAGGCUGACAGUCUGAAACAUAAAACUGCUUCAAGGCUACCUUCCACAACAUGAUACAAAUCGUCCAUAAGUGUUUACCCCUGGAUUUAAAUAACUCCUGUUUACAGGAAAGGAAAAGAACACCUGGUUUUGUUUCAAGUACGAAAUAUAACCAUUACCAUAUGGGUAUUUACCUCUUAAAGACCCGAAACCUGAAUAAGAUCUAGCAAAGCUGUUCGCAGAUCCUGUUAUGGCCCGCCCCCGAGGGCAUAAAAGUACUACACUCACAAAUCUCAGCGCCAUUUUUCUUUUCAAGAACUGGCCUGACAUGAGAGCCUGGACUUGUUACUUUUUCUGCUAUAUAUUUCGCAUUUAUUGUGUUUUUACACAAAUUAUAUGUGAUAUUAAAAUCAUCGCCGUAUUCAUUUUUACUAAUUACAUGUACUUUGUGCACUACAGCCUGUUGUUUGUUACAUCCCACUGUGGCCUUGUGCCCCAUGUGAAGCCAGCGGCUUGAGUCACUCGUUCCCAGGGAUCCAGCAAAAUAAGUCAGCUGACUGUGUGCUCUCCCCCCAGCCUGCAGAGCUCCAGCUGGAGGUAUUUUAUUUUAAAAUACAAGCCGUUUAUAUUACUAACUGUAAUUGUUGAAUUAGUUUUUUGUGGAGAAAUAUUUUGUGUUUAUGUGUUUUUUUCACUCAGCAGCGCUGCGCAGGACCAAGAUAUGUACUUCAGUUGCGAUUGCUUGCAAGCUCAUCUACAGUAUCUUGCUGCUGGUUUGGUAACUACUUUUUGCAUCAACCACCAGGGCGGCCUCAGGUUGCCCAGUCUCCAUCGUGCGGCCCGCAAGCUUUUCCUUUGGGUACACGAGAACCUCUCACUGCGGGCAGUAAAUCUGCCCUGGGUGACAAACUGGGCAGCAGACCUCCUCUCAAGGGGAGUUCCCAGAACCUCAGAGUGGAGGCUUCACCCCAAGGUGGUGAGUCUCAUUUGGGAGCGGUUUGGGAGAGCAGAGAUAGAUCUCUUUGCCUUCCAGGAAUCAACCCACUGUCCCCUCUGGUUCUCCAUAACAGGAGGCGGGGACCCGCUGGCAGUAAAUGCCUUGGAGAAAAUCAGGCAGGACCGGGCCAAGGUGAAGAGGGAGAACCCUGUUAAACUCUGCGGCACUUCUCUCACUGCGAAAAGGAGUUAGGGAAGAAGCGAUGCCCAAUGUUUCUGCUCUUGCGUUACAAACUGUCUCAGCAUCGACUUCAAGGUCUGAUUAAAGUGUUCCACCAAACCGUCCGUCUGUGGAUGAUAAACAGACAUCUUGAUGGGACGUAUUUUUAAUAUUUUAUACACCUGCUGUAGCAUGUUAGACAGAAAGUUGGUUCCAUGAUCAGUCAAGAUCUCCUUGGGGAUCCCUACUCUAGCCAUAAUCUGUACUAACUUGGUGGCUAUUGCAGCAACACUAGUGCACCUCAGUGCACCUCACUGCCCCUGGAUAUCGUGUUGCAUAAUCUACCACUACUAAUGUAUGCGUAUACCUAGAGUCAGAAGGUAGCAAAGGGCCCACUAUGUCCAUUGCAAUGCGUUCAAAAGGAGUGGAAAUAAUUGGCAGUGGAACCAAAGGGGCGGGGCGCACUCGACCCGACGCUACUUGCUGGCAGUCUGGGCAUGUGGCUACAUAUUUCGACACAUCAGUAUGAAGACCUACCCAAUAGAAUCGAGCCAAUAUCCGGUCCCUUGUCUUGUCAGCUCCGAGGUGCCCCGCAAAAGGGAUAUCAUGCACCAGCCUCAUGACCUCGGUCCGACAAGACAGGGGAACCAAUAAUUGUGUUACAGGCUGUCCUGUGUCUGCGGCUAGAUUUACCCUAUAUAGUUAUUGCCCCUUGAUACUGAAGUGUGGAUAUACUAGCGCCCUAGCGCCAUCAACAUCCUUACCUUCAAUAGACCGGACCUGCCCCCAAGCGUGCACUACAAGACCUAAACACAUAUUUUAAAGUUAUUAGAUGUAUGCCACAUACAAAGUCUAAAAGAUUAAUUUGGUAAAUGUUAUCUUGAAUGCAGUUCUUUAUGCUGUGCUUGGUUUUGAAAUAACCACACUAUGGGAAAGUAUUAUUUUAUUUUAGGGAGGAUGAGCUGAUGCACUAACAUAAUAUUUUCAUACAUUUUCCACAUCAGGGGCAUUCAUUCAUACUGUGUAGGUCUCAAAUGCUUAGUUUUGAAAUACAGUUUUGUUUUAGCAUACAUGUUUUUAAAUUGUAUCUGGUUAAGGGUUAAAUAAAUCUCUGUUUGAAGGCCUUGCUUUCGGAUAGUCUUGCACUUUGAUUGUCAGGGUCUUGUUCCCUGUCAGUAACCAACCAGCUGCUUCCCUUAACAUCUCACAUGCUUUGUAGGAAGCUUGACCCCUAAGAUACAGCUGAUGGGAAAUACUGUAAUAUAAGACAUGCAAGUGACACAGAUAUCCUGGAAAGGAAGGCAAGCAACCUCAGAACUUUUUUUUUUUGAUCUAUCAAUGAAUAACUUCUGAGAGAUCUAGCAAUCAGUGACCUCUUUUUUAAAACUGUAGUACCGAAUGUCACAUUUUAAAAUGAAAGUACACAUUUGAGACCUAUAUAAUGAAUGGAAGAGCAUGACAGUUUUUACAAAGGCACCUAAAUACCCACCAUCCUACCAAAAGAGCUGAUUGUUUAAAGGCCCUUGGAUGACUGUCAUUAAACACCCACUCGUAAAACCUCCAGCUGCUUUCCAGACAUUCUGUCAAACAUUCCCAUAACAACUAACAACACAUAAACAAGGCCGACUCCACAUUUAACAUGCUGUCAUAUUCAUUAUCCCUCCUUAAUGGGUUUACAAUUGCAGUGCUUUACAAUUACAGUUUUUUGAAGCUAAAACUUAAACCUUGAAAUCAAUCUGAACACAGCCAUAAAGAACAAUAACAAUAAUAACUAGGGCUCUAUUUUUUUCAUGGUAAAAAAUUGCUUAUUUCACAGCGUUUCAUGGUCUAAAUAUAGGUAUUUCAAGAUAUUUCAUGAUUAAACAUAAUAUUUAUUAAAACAGAAAAAAUAGCAUUGUCACAUUCAAAAUGUGUAAUUUUCUCUAGAGUUAUUAGACAACAAAUGUUCCUAAAUAUUUAAAUGCUUACCUGAAAAACAGUAAAUGCUGAUAUUUUGUUUUUUUAUGUCCACAUUCUAUUUUCACCAUCAGUGAAUUAACAAACAAAAUAAUAACAUAAAUAACAUAUAAAUAACAAUAAAUCUCCCCUUCUUGUACUGGACAGAACCAUCUUUAGCAGAAAUAUUUCGGUUCUUUGAUGCAACUUGUAUCUUGUUCGUUGAACACAUUUAAAAAAAAAAAAAAUGGAUUAUUGCCUAAAGUGUCUGUAUGUCAUUGAAGCUCUUUUGUUCAAGAACACUGUUUUGUAAAUGUAGUUAUUUUGAAGUAGUUCUAAUGAGGUAAGAUAUGUGUUACUUUUCUAGGUUAGGCCAACUGUAACGUCACCUUUAGUUUACAACUUGGUCUAGCUUUUGCUUAGUUACUCUAACAGUAUAGUUCCACAGAUAGUAAACACUGAACUCUAUUUUUCCAGUAACCACUAAACCAAGCUGUCGCCUACAUUUUUAUAAGGAUUUUUGUUAGAAAUGGAUUAAUUAGUCAGGACAUUACAUCUGAAACUGAUCAUAGCAAACAAUAUUAACUAAAAUAGAUAUACCAGUAUUAAUUAACAUGACA